AUGGCUGGGACUGCGCAGCCUGGUUUGGAGGGGACUGACCCAGUGGUCGGAACGCCGGCGGCCCAUACUGGCGCUGGGGACGAGGUGGGCGGCGGCGGCGGAAGGAUUGCCCGCGAGGCCGUCGUUGGGGAGGUGCCCGUCCUCGAGAAAACCGGAACAUCGGCUGGCGAGGAGCCGGUGAGGGAGGAGGAGGCUGGGCGACAGCGCCGCCAACCCCGGCCGCAACUACAUCCGCGGCGGCUCGGAGCAGGGCUGGGACUUGCCCGCCCUGGACCCCUUGCGGGAUGGGAGCAGCAAGAGGACUUGCCGGACGGACCGGCGGCGGGGGAGGACGUCGCUUGCCCGUCAUCAGGAGUUAUGGCGGUCGGGACGCAGGGUGCGGUGGCAGAUCUAACGGUGGGAGCGGAUCUCAAAGAUGUUCUGGAACGCCGCGGCGAGGCCGCGGAACGAAGACAGCGGAGUGGCACGAGCCGCCAGCGAGCGCUGCAGGACCAAGCCGACGAUCGCGCGGCAGGACUGCAGCCAACAAACGCGGCGCCAAGAGCGGCAGGGAUAGGCCAAGGGAGGGGGCGGAACGGGGGGAGAGCGCGCAGAGAUCUGGCGGGGGCUGUGGCGAGAGAGAAAGCCAGAUCUGGAAACUGGCGGGAAAGACACGGGAGGCCAGAGGAGCGGGGUGAAGGUCCAAUGAAUGAAGGGGAAGGGGAAGAGGGGUCAGAAUAUAUGGCCUCACAAGAGGCUGACUCAGAGGAAGAAUCUCUAGAUGCCGAACAGGGGGUACCCAUCCCAGCCACAGAAGGAGGACAAGGCUCUGGACAGGGGAGGAGGGAGGGAAGGGCUGACGUGGGGGAAUCUGCACCGCAGCAGCCCAACGUGGCUGCCACCAAGGAACGCGAUCUUAGCGUGGUCGUGGACGAUGAGGACAUCUGGCAGAGGAUUCACGCAUGGGACCUGGGACCACUCCAAUCCAGUGCCCAACCCUUUUUGAAAGUGCCAGGAAACAGAUGGGCAGAGGUGGAGAAGCGGUUUCGACAGUUCCGAGAGGAGGAAUGGGACACCCUUUACCUGCAGGCCAGCACCUUCCCCGCAAAUUCCAAACCCAGCAGACACGAGCCCGACCCAGAAGGCAUUUGCGCCAGGGCUGAGGGUUUGGUCCGGAAGGCCAACCUCGCGAAGGCUGUGGCGGCGUCACAAACAACAGCACUGGCGGAACCAUCGCUAGCGACGCUGCAAGCACUUCGCUCGAAGCACCCAGAUGCGGAGUCGGCGAUUCCCGCAGGGGCGGGAGGUUACACCACUUCAUCGCUCGCCAUCAGUGCAGAGUCCUUCCGCGAGGUGUUGGCGAAAUGCCCGGAGGGAAUCGGGGCGGGCCCGUCUGGCACGUGUUUCGAACACCUCCGUGAUCCAACCCUAACGAACGGGGAGAUUUUCACCCUACUGCACAGAACGGUGAAUCACCUGCUUGGCACUUACCAGAACGAGCAACUGCAGGACCUCCUCCUGCCCGCAAGACUGAUAGCACUCGAUAAGCCUGGGGGAGGCGUGCGACCGAUAGCUAUCGGCGAGGCGAUACUUCGCCUUACAGCUAAGGCGGUGCUUAAGGAACUGUCGGCAGAGAUCCGCACGUACUUCUUACCAGUUCAGUUUGGCGUGGCUGUCCCAGGAGGGGCAGAGUGCAUCAUCCACACGGCGCGCACGUUACUCGCGGAGGAUCCGUCCCGGAUAGCGCUCCAGCUAGACAUCGAGAAUGCGUUCAACUCGGUGGAACGCGGGCCUGCGGUGCAACUUGGCUAA